AUGGCGACCUCGAUGUACUCGGCGGCCAGCCUGGACGACGAAGACUUCGCGACCCCAAUGUCGCCGCAGCUGAGGCCCUACGGCUACCCGUCGGCGCGCUCGGGCUAUGGCUUCUCGGCCGCGGCCCACGACCCACACGACGAGAGCGACGACAACCUGGACGACGCUUCUCUCUCCACCGGUAACUACAGCCCGCCCGCCUGGCGCCGCCUCGAGAACGGCGACCGCUGGUACGGCAACUGGCGGGGCAGCAACGACCUCCUCGGCCGCGGCUUCGACAAGUCGCGACAUCUGAGUCCCGACUACGACGACAGAAUGAGCCCGAACGACGUGUUCGAAGAGGCGCGCAGGACGCGUUUGCCUACGGGCAGCCUGAGUCCGGAGAAGGGACGCACGCCCGAACCCGAGGCGCUUGGCAAGGAUGACACAUUGGUCAACAUGAAGAGCGAGAAUGGAAUGCCUACGAAGAGCGGUGCAGACAGAGCAAUGGUGGAAGAUCAAAGGAGUAUGAUGGCAUCCAUGCCGCCCGAGGAUGCGAGAGACAAUUACAUUCGGUUCGCCGUGCGCGCCGACGUCCAACACCGGACGGAACCCAUUGAGGCGGCUGUCAAGUUCUUCCGCAGUAGACUGCAACCCGUUACAAAUUCCUGGAGCAGUAUGAUCCUUUCGACCUUGGUCGCACUUAUCUCCAUAUCGGCAGUCCGAUCUCUGUUCGAACCGGCAUCACAACGACCGGUGCCAGAUCUUGUCAAGGUGGCUGGAAUCGCGCGCUCAUUUGAACCUCUCAUCUACUACUCUGAGAAUGGUGUGUCGCAGGUUGGCGAUUUGCAGGCCACAGGUGUUGCGGUCUGGGAUCUCGGCGAGAGCGUCCGGUCAAGCAACAUGACAUCAGCCCCUAUAAUCGUCAAGUCAUUGGACGAGCUGUCCGACAGUCUCAAGACACUUGCCAUCGAGCUCACGAGAUUCUUCGCUAAUGUCGACGGAGACAUCGAUGGCAUCCUGAUCGUAAUGGACUGGGCGCGGCGUGAGCUGACCCAGGUGCAAGCCGUGCCCAGUCCACCGCUCUCGACCGCAUUCGCCAACAUUCAUAACAUGCUUUGCGAAGCUGGUGUCUUUGAGAAUCCGGCCACGGGCACUCCUACGCGCCUCGGUGCUGUGGCGACAACCGUGUUUGGCAUGUCGCAACCGCAACGCACCCGCUACACGUUGCAGCGCACUUUUACCGAGUUCCUCUCCGUCCUCGAAGAAGCCAUCGAAAACGAACUGCAGCACUCGUUGGCGCUCUUCGGUCUCUUCGAGGCCAUCGACCGACAGUUCCUUAACCUAGCACGGACCGUCGUGCGCGAGUCCAGUGCCCAGGACGAGCAGCACAACGACCUGCUCUCUUCAAUGUGGACGCGGAUCCUGGGCCCGAAAGCCAGCGAGGUCAAGAAGUACGAGCGCAACCGCGAGCUCCUGCUCAACGUGCGCGAGAAGACAGUCCGUAACAAAGGCAUCCUCGUCGAGCACAACGGCAAGCUGCUCACGCUGAAGGCCAACCUCGAGAGCCUGCGGCGCAAGCUCGUCUCGCCGCUCGUGCGGAGCGUCAACAGCAGCACGCUCACGCUCGAGGAGCAGAUCAAGGGCCUCGAGGACGUCGGCGUCUACCUCGAGGGCGUGCGCGCCCGCCAGAAGGGCAAGCUCAUGGAGAUGCUGUAUGGAAGAACCGGCGGCGGGCGGGCUGCCAUUUCGGCCGGCGCCCGUAUCGUCGAGGAGGACGGCCGGUGGGCUUCGUAG